CGAAGAGGAGAUGGAGGGUGUGCAGCCUGUGAACGGCAGCGGCCCUGCGUGUCCGCUGCGGGUGAAGCUGCUCACACUGAUGUUCGUCUGCGACAGAGAUCACGAACAGGUAGGAUGGGAGAUCUCGCCAGGUAGCGGGUGACAGACAGACACACACACAACGCCCAAUGGAUGGAUGGAUGCAUCCACGCAUUCACUCACAAAGAGCCGUGUGCCACGCGGCUGUCUGGUCCGUGGUGCGAGUGCAGGUGCUGCUUGGCAUGAAGAAGAGGGGCUUCGGCAAAGGUCAGCGCACCCAUGGAUGGAUCACAUGAGGGGUGCACUCACUCAUCAAUCAUUCCUGUGUCUGCCUGCCCUGCCCUGCCCUGCCGUGCAGGCAAGUGGAACGGGUUUGGAGGAAAGGUUGAGCCGGGCGAGUCGGUGGCACAGGCAGCCGUGCGGGAGCUGCAGGUGGGUGGCUGGGUGUGGGCAUCACACGGAUGAGUGGAUGCAGUCACAUGGAUAUGUGUGUGUGUGGCUGCCGUGCGCAGGAGGAGUCGGGUGCGCUUGUGGAGAUGGCUGACGUGCAGACGGCGGGGCUGCUCGACUUCACAUUCGACGAGUCCAACGAGAUCAUGCGCGUGGUGAGUGUUGAGUGGUGCGUUGGUCGGUGGUGGUUGGUUGGAUGGAUUUGUGUGCAUUCCUUCAUUCCUUGUGACUGCAGUUUGUGUUCCGUGCUGACAACUAUACCGGCGAGAUCGCAGAGUGAGCUACAGGGAGAACCGAACCGUCGGAUACACGGAAACACACCAGCACACACGCGUGUGUGCGUGUCUGUUUCGAUCACUCAGGACGGACGAAAUGCGUCCGCAGUGGUGGUCGCUGAGUGAGUGCCCAUUCGACAACAUGUGGCCAGACGACAGGUACAUCCACCCACCCACCCACACCCACCCACAUCCACACCCACAGGGCUGUGUGUCUGGCAGGUAUUGGUUCCCAUACAUGUGGGGCCGGCGGCCCUUCGUGGGCAGUUUCCACUUCAAGGCCGACGAGAAGACCAUCGUCACGCACACCAUCGAGGCCACGACCGUGGAGCACAUCGACACGAGAGCUCGCGAGGAGGCGGACAGAAAGAGGGCCGCGACGGCCAAUAGCUGAGCAGACGCCCUCCUCCAACACACACAGACAGAUACAUGAACGCAUUUCUGUGUAUACGAUGGAGGGAAGAGGGCGGUUUGGAUAGCUGUAUAGACGG